CCCGCCGACCGGCCCUUGGAGCCCGAACGCUACCCAGGGACUAAGGUGCAGGAAGCGCGCGGGGAACAAGACCGAAGGAAGGAACGGGAAGGAGAGCACAGCCGCCGCCGGGCCCUGCGAACCCCGGAGCGCCGUGCGGCCCUGCCUGCGGGCUCCGGGUGUCCGCGGGGCGGCGCCGCGGAACAUGACGGCGCCCUGGGCCGCCCUCGCCCUCCUCUGGGGAUCGCUGUGCGCGGGCUCCGGGCGUGGGGAGGCUGAGACUCGGGAGUGCAUCUACUACAACGCCAACUGGGAACUGGAGCGGACCAACCAGAGCGGCCUGGAGCGCUGCGAGGGCGAGCAGGACAAGCGGCUGCACUGCUACGCCUCCUGGCGCAACAGCUCUGGCACCAUCGAGCUUGUCAAGAAAGGCUGCUGGCUGGACGACUUCAACUGCUAUGACAGGCAGGAGUGUGUAGCCACCGAGGAGAACCCCCAAGUGUACUUCUGCUGCUGUGAAGGCAACUUCUGCAACGAGCGCUUCACCCAUUUGCCAGAGGCUGGGGGCCCAGAAGUCACGUACGAGCCACCCCCGACAGCCCCUACCCUGCUCACGGUGCUGGCCUACUCGCUGCUGCCUAUCGGGGGCCUUUCCCUCAUUGUCCUGCUGGCCUUCUGGAUGUACCGUCAUCGCAAGCCGCCAUAUGGCCAUGUGGACAUUCAUGAGGAUCCCGGGCCUCCACCCCCAUCCCCUCUAGUGGGCCUGAAACCACUGCAACUGCUGGAGAUCAAGGCUCGGGGGCGCUUUGGCUGUGUCUGGAAGGCUCAGCUCAUGAAUGACUUUGUGGCUGUCAAGAUCUUCCCACUCCAGGACAAGCAGUCAUGGCAGAGUGAACGGGAGAUCUUCAGCACACCUGGCAUGAAGCACGAGAACCUGCUACAGUUCAUUGCUGCCGAGAAGCGAGGCUCCAACCUUGAAGUGGAGCUGUGGCUCAUCACGGCCUUCCAUGACAAGGGCUCCCUCACGGAUUACCUCAAGGGGAACAUCAUCACAUGGAAUGAAUUGUGUCAUGUGGCAGAGACGAUGUCACGAGGCCUCUCGUACCUGCAUGAGGAUGUGCCCUGGUGCCGUGGUGAGGGCCACAAGCCGUCUAUUGCCCACAGGGACUUCAAAAGCAAGAAUGUAUUGCUGAAGAGCGACCUCACGGCUGUGCUGGCUGACUUUGGCCUGGCUGUUCGGUUUGAGCCAGGGAAACCUCCAGGGGACACCCAUGGGCAGGUGGGCACAAGACGGUACAUGGCCCCUGAGGUGCUGGAGGGAGCCAUCAACUUCCAGAGAGAUGCCUUCCUGCGCAUUGAUAUGUAUGCCAUGGGGCUGGUGCUGUGGGAACUUGUGUCUCGCUGCAAGGCUGCAGAUGGACCUGUGGAUGAGUACAUGCUGCCUUUUGAAGAAGAGAUUGGCCAGCACCCUUCGCUGGAAGAACUGCAGGAAGUGGUUGUGCACAAGAAGAUGAGGCCCACCAUUAAGGAUCAUUGGCUGAAGCACCCGGGCUUGGCCCAGCUCUGUGUGACCAUCGAGGAAUGCUGGGACCACGAUGCAGAAGCUCGCCUGUCUGCAGGCUGUGUGGAAGAGCGGGUGUCCCUGAUCCGGAGGUCGGUCAAUGGCACUACCUCGGACUGUCUUGUCUCCCUGGUGACCUCUGUCACCAACGUGGACCUGCCCCCUAAAGAGUCAAGCAUCUAAGCCCAGGAUAUGAGUGUCUCUCCAGACUCAGUGGAUCUGAAGAAAAAAGGAAAAAAAAGUUGUGUUUUGUUUUGGAAAUCCCAUAAAACCAACAAACACAUAAAAUGCAGCUGCUAUUUUACCUUGACUUUUUAUUAUUAUUAUAAUUAUUAUAAUUAUUAUUAUUAAUAUUAUUUUUUGGAUUGGAUCAGUUUUUACCAGCAUAUUGCUCUACUGUAUCGCAAACAAGCGGACAUGUCAGCAGGCGUUGAGGUGCUGAGCUGUGAAUGCAGAACCAGCGCCGUGCUGAAGAGCCUCAGCCACCUCCUGUCCUUUGGAAUUUUUUUUCCCUUCUUUUCUUUGUUUGUCAUCUCAGAAUCUUUGACACAAAGAAACCCAUCUCCUGUCCUAGGAAACCUAAUGCUGCAAACUCUACCUAAAUGAAUCUUUGAAGACUGUUACAUAAGAACAUACCUUCCUCUCAAAGGAGGAAAUUCCUCUCCCCUCUGCCCGCAUCCCCACCCCCACAUUUUAUUUUGUUUUAGUGAGCUUAAGAAACAGCAGAUGCGUCUUUCACGGAUCUAACGGGUGUUGUCCUGACCGAGAAAAAACUGAGAUGACGAUGAUGAUUUGGACUGGAGUUGAAAGGGGAAGACAGUGCCGGGGUAGGGUUUGGAACAGAGCUACACUGGACUCGGUUACAUUCAGAACAGCAUCCUUUGCUAUGGAGGCUACUUCUCAGGUAACCAGGAAUUGAGGGGAAGGACCUUGUGGAGGCCGAGCAUUAACGGCAAGAGUGGGGUUUGGAGAAAGUCUGAGAGCGGAAAUAGCCCUGACCCACCUUCUGGCCUGACCCCAUUUCUUUCCACUAACUUGGGCUUAGGCAUAAGGAUGAAACAUGUUUUUUGCCCUAAUUUUAAGAGUAGGUGAGGGUAGAAAUCAUCAGUUUAGUGAAUGCAUCUUUAGACAUGAUGCUGUAAAUAUCUUUAAUGGAGAACAAGUUGAAAUACUUUUGUCUCCUCUUGGAGCAGUUCAGGGAAAUGCCCACAAGGGGCGCCCUGCAGAGGUAGGACAAGAGGAUUUCCUGGUGGGGUCCACUAAGCCCUGCCCGGCUGGGAAACUUCAGAGUUCUGCAGUUCUGGCUCUGUUCCAUGUGGUGACAUUACUGUCCCCUUUCUGUGGCUCGUGGACAUGGCUUUCUCCAGACUCUUUAAAGUGGUGCAUAUCCUAAAAAUUGUUUUUCUAUUAUGCCAUAACCUUGCUCUAGUCAUGAAUGUUCCUAAUGCUGCUGUUUCAACAUUUGAGUUUUUUUUUAAUUUAUAAAACAUGCUAAUUUUUUUUUUCAGACAAAACAUACACAUCCACAUAUACACAUGCUUUGCUAUGUGGCUUCCGAGGUUUAAAUUUUAAAAAAUAAAAGAAUUAAAACUUCACGACCACAGAUCACCUCAAACCAGAAAUACCUCAGAAUUUUCUACUUAUGUAAGUUUUAUUAUAUAUUUUGUUAGUUGUGUUGUCUUGUAGUAACUAUAUUUUAAUGUAAGUUGGCUUUUAUGACAAGGAAGUUUAAAAGAAAUAGGAAAAAAAGAAAAAAGUUUGCGUCUUCUAGGGAGUGCUACCAUUUUUGUUCGAUAACACCUCCUUGUAAAUAAUUGUCAUGGACUGUAGGUUGGCUGUCUGGGCCAAGUCUGGGCAUUUGUCACUCUUGUUUGUGAAGUCUUUUCCUUCUAGUUUCUUUAGAUAAUUUUAUUUUAAAACAGCAAUCUCUUAAUCUUGAGGGUAGGCAAGUUGGUAGGCAAUGGGGAGAGGUUGAUUUACGGGAGAACUGAAGAGGGCUGCCUCCUCUUGGGUUUCUUGGAGUUUCAGAUGUUUCCCAUAACCUGGUGGGUUGAUGUUUAGAAUGACAAGUAACCCCACUUUAACUUGGUAAGACUGUUGCCUUUAGACCCACAUGAGGUAAUUUAAUUGAGAUUUAAUUUGUUUAGCAAAUGAGCAGCCAUGAUGGAAAAGAUCCAUGGUGCCUCUGUGAAUCUGCAUGGUGACUUUGGGCAGUCUGCUGGAGCAGUUUGUCUGGGAGUAGAAGGGUCAUGUCUUGGCAGUCUUUGAGUCUGUUGUGUAAUAGGGCACUGGUAUGCCUUGGGCAUGUGCUCCCCUCUCAGCGUGUUGUGACAGCGUUUGGGGCCUGCUGGUUUUCUUUGGGUGUUUGGGCACAGGGUACUAUGAGAGCCCUGUUUACUUCCCUCUCAGAGCUCAGUUUUUGCUUCAUGGGUCAAAACGUGUGCUGGCCAAGUGGUUACAGGAAUAGGUAUUUUUGUUUUGGUAAGCUAUUUUUGUCUUUCUUUAACUAUCUGAUUUUGUGCUGUAGUAUUUUUCUUCCCUUGGAAUAAUUUUUUAACAGCAAAAUCGGCCUUACAGCAGUUGCUUUCCUUUUCCAUUUAUUUCUUUAAGAAGCUUUAAAAUAUUUAUUGAAAAGUGCCAUAUCUAAUUUCUUUAGCUUUCUCCUCAGGCAGUGCAGGCAUCUCUACUUUUUACCCUUAGAAGAGAUAAAUCACUAACAAAUGUAGCAAAUUUACUACAGGAAUAAUCAUCACUGAUUCUGUCCAGUGCCAAACACUUAACUCCAGCCUUUCUGGGUGGUUUUCCUUUUGUGUGCUGGUUUGAGUCUUAGAAAUUUUGGCCUGGCUGCGGGAGGGUUGAGCUGUGGCUCCAGUGUGGGACUUUCAGUGAGGAUGUAGUACAGACAGGGCACACCUGCAUGUCUUUUCUCUGAGUGGCCUCCCCCUUGCCCAACCAUGCUCUCAGCCACUGUAGCAUCCCUACAGGAUCUUGCCAUCAGAGUGAAGUGUCUGGAGAUGGUGUGGCCGGGUAGGAGACAGAGUCAGGGUAGUCUGUGAUAGUUCUUUGGGUUUCAAGCUGCCUUUCCCUUCAUGCUGUGGUAUAAAAUGAACCCAUCAUUUGAAUACCUGGUUGCUGAUGGCUAGAAGGUGAUUUACUUUCAGGGCAUGGCUCUGGCAGCCUGGGUGGGCCUUUUGCCCCAGAUAAAGUACUUUCAUGUGCUUACUGUCAUGUGCUCUUUGAGGAGUGAGCUACCUAGAUCCCUGGUUUACAUUUACUGAGUCAUGGAGCCUCUGUCUGUGUUGUCCACAGAUACUUCAUAUGACAUCCCCUUCUGGGGACCUCAGAUAAUUGCUACUUUUUUUUGACCCCAUACUAUCAAAUACUGUGGAUAUGGGGCCUGGCAUCAUUUUUCCUACCCAUGGGAGGGGCUGUUCUAUUCAGGGUGGGAGGGGUCCAGUCAGGGGACAGAGAUAGCCAAGGAUCCUUCCUGCAUCCUUCCUAGUGUGCUGUCAUCCAAACAGGCUUUUGGCUGUAGGGAUGGGCCUUGGGGGGAGAAUGUUGUUUGCAAACAUUUGUAAUAACUGUGGGAAGUCAUCCCUAGCUAGAGAAAUCCAGGAAUGAACAGGAGAAGGAUGAAGCAAGGGAGGCCAGAGACCAUUAUGUUACAAUGUACUAAAAAGAGCUAUCAGUGAUGGGGGAGCCAGGGAAGGCUGUGGACAUACCGAGUUCAGAGCAUCCUGCCUGACCUGGCAUGAGCUGGGUUUUGUCCUGGGACCACUGGAUCCCUAUCAGGAAUCCUUUGAAAGAGUUACUCAAGGCAGGGGUUGCACAUGAACCAUUUUGGGAGAAAGUGAUACUGGCUGUGAGGGAAACAGUGAGCAUCGUCAGCCUUUGUUGUCCAAGAUGGCCUCCCUGUCCUGUCAGCUCUGGAUAGGAACUCAGGGGGAAUCAGUACUGCCUGGGGAAUCAGAUGGCCAGUUCUGAGCACCUAUUGGUAAUACAAGAACUUAACCAUACAUGUCAGCUGAUUUUGACUCUGCAUUCAUCAUAUCUGGCCUUGGAGGUGUUUGUGCAGAACAAGAAUGGCUUUGUCCAGCCUUGAACAUCUUCAGGAGGCUGGAGCCUCUUUCUCACAUAUUUUCAGCAAAGGGAGACGGGUUUCUCACCUCUAGGCCAACAAGAUAGUUCUUCCAUUGCUCCAAGAGAGCAGGCCAACUCUCUUGACAUGGCUUGACGCUUUAAAAAGCAAAGCACUUGAUUCUGCAGUUCUGCUCUGUUGUCUUUCUCUCCAGUUGGCCACAGUCUUGUUCCCGCCUGCUUUUCCGUGGGUGCCUGGAUUGUGUGGGGGGCUUUUCCUUGAUGGCAAGCCCAGCUGUGUAUUAAAUGUCCUCCACAUGUUUUGUGUCACUCCAGAAGCCUUCCAUGUCGUCCCUGCCCUCUGAGCCAUGAGGGUGGCAGGACUCAAUGGCCCUCUUGCAAACAGAAUUUUGCCUUUUUCAGUAUGCAGUAUAAAGUUCUGAGCACCUAUUGGUAAUAAAAGAACUUGCUGGGUUUUUUUUUAAUAAUACCAUGAGCAUAAGUAUGUAAAUUUUUAGAAUCGGUACUAGAAGUUGAAUAGCCAAUCAUUAUUCUCAACAACUUGACUCACUAGAAAAAUAUCUAAAUUGGAAAGCAGUUUCCAGGAGUUAACCCAGCUUAAUCUUUAGUCUCAGUUAUUUCAUCCUGUUGGGUUUUAAAUGGCACAUGUUUGAAGAGAUGGCCAGGUCUGGUUCAGAUUUCAGGAACAUCAGACCCUACCUUUUGAAGAAUCUAUUCAUCUUCUUCCCAUCUUGCGGGAGCAGUUAGAAGGGGAAGAGGGCAGGGUGGCUUUUUCUCCUUGUUACUUGGGUAACAUGAAUUCUUUUUGGUUACUGGCUGUUUGCAAGAUCUAUAUUUUUAUGUUUAGAUCUAAAACUAGUAAAAUUAGAUCUAAAACUAAUAAAAUAUUCAGCAGCUCAUUUGUUCAGCCUAGUAAUGAUGGUUUAAGUCUCAGUUGAUACUAACGUCUUAGAUAAAUAGGCCCAGUAAUUCAGUUGAUGAACUGUAUAUUUUCUCAGUCUAGAUUUGUAAGUGUUUAAUGAAUUCAGGGUUAUACAUAUAGUUAUAAGACUUGGGGUAGUUGAUCUGUAACCAGCAGUCUACCUAUGAAUGUAUUCCAGACCUUUAGAAGGCUUGGAAAAGUUUUUGAUAUAAUGAUUUAAUUUCAUAGAAAAAAAAACUUGAAGUUCAAAACACUCCCUUGGAAAUUCAGUUGACUAAAGAACAUGUUUUAAACAAUUAGUGGGUCCAAAAGGCCCAUCAGCAAAUAAAGGUCCAAAUUUUCUAGUGGGAAAUUUUGAAUGUUUCUGAUUUAUGCUCAUUUGGGGUCCAUGGUAAACUUUGAUUUGGGUAAGAAUUGAAUUAAAAGAAUUUACCAUUAUUUAAAUUUUUUACCAAGGUUUUAUGUUUUUACGACAGUAUCUUUGAAUGAAGUGAGACUUUUUGAUUGUUGUACUUCAUGUGACCCUGUAGUGCCAAAACCAAUGAUACUUUAUUUGCUCCUAUGGCAGCUCAUAGACAUAAACAGAAGUGAUUUUUUUCCUCAAGAAUUAAAAUGCAUAUUCUCUAAAUGCCAAUUUAUGGUGAUGGGCCCCACAUUGCCCUUUUUUCUCCAGGGCUGUGUCUUUGGAUUGUCUAGGGCCUAGGCAAUUCUGAGAGUUACUGUAAACCUACCACAGGACACUAAAAAAAUAUACACCUGACUGUAUGUGUACUUGUAUAAGCAGUGGGUUAUACAAAUGGGCUAUUUUGGAUAUCUUGAGAAAAAUGUUAACAUUUACUUGCAGAGUUUAUGUUUUUGAGCUUAUAGCUAUGGAAAAUAUGACCCAUGAGUUAGUUUUUCAGGCAGGUGAGGAUGCAUUUUUUUUUUUUUUUUUAAAUGGGUGAGUUCUGUCUUGAGUCAUGGGAACUUCUACUUUUGGAUGGGUAUGGAGCCAUUCCUUGACUCUCCUAAUCAUGUUUGCAUUGGAAUGCUGUUAGCAUUGUAAAUAAAAGGAUAGGUUGUAUGAUAGAUAACAGGACACUUGAAACUUUACUUUAAAGAAAUCUAUAGCUCUACAUAUAUAUUUAGUUAUAUCAUCUGACAGAUUUCUUCUACAUGGUGCGGAGAUUGUUUUAUACCACAGAUUAUUUUUAUAAAGUUAAUGAGUUUGAAUGAUUUUGUAAUCAGAGCUAGUGAGCUUUACCUUUCAAGAUAAAUGUACACUGGAGCAUGAGUGGCGUAGGACAUUUUUAGCACUCAUAUGGAUUCUCGUAAUACACUGGCAGACUGCUGUCAACUUUGGGGGAACUCCACUGUGGCUGUGUAAGAUGUUGAUGCCUCAGUUCUGUUCCUUUUGGAUUGGAAGGAGAGGGCCUGAGAGAGGAGAGAGGGACCUGCACUACGUUUUACAUUUGUGCUUCCUCCUGAGAUUUCUGUGGAAUAAAGGGUUCUGAGGUCAAAAAUUAGUUUGUAAGCUCUUGGAAUAGGACAUAGUUUCAUGGGACUGCUUGGGGGAAUGAAAAUUAUAUAGGGGUGCAGAUUGGUGUGAGAUGGAACACAAAUAAGAUUCAAGAUAUAAAAACUUUGAAACAGGGAUUCGAUGGUUUGAGUAAUCCACCAAACUGAAUUAUCUAAGGCCAGAUUAUCCAGUUUUGGGAUAUGGGGAUAGAAUUAUCUAAUUUAGUAAUAGCUCCGAAAUGGGGAAAGGGUGGCAUGUGGAUGGACACAGUGAUCAAAUUAAAGGGAGAACUGUUGGGCAUAAUUGGUCCUCUCUGGUCAGGGCUGUUUUGGCUCGCUGCUUUAAUCUAUUGAGUCACCCAGGAGUGCAUUGAGGACUCUCAGAACCCCAAUAACAGCAGGGCAUCUUUCAAAUAUCUCCAAAGGUUUUCCUGCUUUUCUUAACAAAGUCAAGCAUCACUGCCAUAAUGUAGGAAACAGUGUUGAUUUUAGCCUCUAUAUUUGUGCAGAAAGUGGUUAUCUGGGUGGGAGUUUUGGUGGAGAUGUAGGAGAAGUGAAUAAUUAAACUAAUUCCUGGUAUUUGUGAUGGCCAGUUCUGAGGCCCAGCUAAAGGCCUGUCUGUCCCCCCAGACCCUGCCUGCCUGCUGGCUUCAGGCUGCUGCCUCUGGACAGAGGCACACUGGAUGGGAUAGUUUUGACAAGAGAAUUCUGAUGUGUCAUUUUAAAUCAGCUGUGCUUUUUACUUAUCUGGUUUAAAGUAUACUUUUACACCUUAUUCCUUUUAUACUUGGGAUAAAUUUAGUUCCAGCAGAUCUAGUAGCACUCCAGGAACCAACCCUAAUACUCCUUUCCCUGUUCCCAUUUCCUGCAAAAGAACAUUUCUCAGCUCUCCAGCCACGGGUCUUGGAAUGUAAUUCUGUUGUGCCUUUGUUUUUGUCACCUUCCUCCCCUCAAAAGCAACUGCUGUAAGCUCUUUUCUACUUGUCUUUUCUAGCCUUCAACCCUCUACUUUUUUCCUUUUCCCCAGCUCUAAUUUCUGGAUGCACUUUUGUGAUCCAGGUAUUUUAAAAACCAGUUACCUCAGACCUCAUGUUGAACGGUGUCGCCAUCUGGGUCCUCUUGAUACUGCAGACUUGUAACCUAUACACGCAGGAACCCUGUUGAGUGUGGGCACUUACUUGUUUUAAAGCAAAACUCUUCCCAAGGACUGAAAACAGGGCUUCUGGCAAGCUCUCGUGGCACUGUGGUGGGAUGGGUCUGGAGUGUCAUCUGAAUGGUGCUUCUUGUGCUCCUCUUUGAAUUCUGCCAUUUUCAGUAUUGUCAUGUGUCUGAAUAGGCAAAGUGAUUUAAUUGGCUGGUCUUGCACGCAAAUUAGUUCCAAAGAUGAACUCUUUGUAACAUAUUUCCAGUCACUAAAGCUCAAAUGUAGAACAUUCCUUUAAAUGGCAGGAUAAAAAAAAUAACCCACCAUUCCCCACAGUGCAUUUUGGGAAGAUGUUUGUAGCAUAUGUUGCUGUGAAAUUAGGCCUUGUGGGAUAUGGCUGUUUGUCAUUUUGAUGUAUUUUAAUAAAAUAUAUAUUUUUUAAAGAGUCUUUUUUACCAGUUCAAAAAGUUUAAUUAACCAGCAGUCACCACAUCUGAAUUUUUGUCUCUGGGGCAAAGAUGGCAGACCAAGAUUAAAAGUGGUAACUCAGCCAUACGAGCAUGGGCUGCCUGCCUGGGCCGUCCUGCCGUCCCCGCUGGUCAUGGGACACCAAGGUAAGUGUGUUCCCAGUGGGAGUCCAGACUCAGCCCUCUGUUUAGUUUCCGCCCCAUUUAGUGGACUGUUGACUUCAGUCCCUGCAAGUGCUUUAGCCCUAGUGGGGUUUUCUCAGAGCACUGCCACAAGAUAAGUGUGUGUUUAGCCAAAUAAUUUCUCCAUUAGGGAAAAAAUGCAAUCAUACAAAUUUUACCAACAGUGAUAGAGAUGAAAGUAGGAAAGAUUAGGCAACAUCUGAGUUUUAAUUUGAAAAGUGUCCAUGUCGUUGUGAAAGGCUGUCUGGGAGCAAGUGAUAAUUAGAGAUUCUUAGGAGACCUCAUUUGAAAAUAUUAAGACUGCCAGUGAGGGAAGGAAUUGUUAAAAUGCCAGCGGCUUUGUUCCUCAUUUUUCCUAAAAUUCUGUAAAACUGCAAUGAAAAUUUGCUGGUACUUGAGAAUUGAAGGGAGAGAGUUACCGCAGAUUAGAAACAUGUUUUUAGAUAUCAGUUCCAUGCCACAAAUCCACACAAUGCCAUUUUUCAACUGUACAAAAGAAUCUGCUUGUGAAUUUGACAUGAUCUUAAUAGUAGCAUCCAAGGCCAAAUUUUUCACUUGUUGAUAUUUUUCCACAUUUGAAUCUGAAUAACUUUAUACAGUACUGUAAAUUUAACUUACAUCGAGUUUAAUGUCAAUUCUUGUGAAAAGAGCUUUCUGCAUGUAACAGACAUACAGUUAAAGAACACAGCAGAGUGCAAAAUUUGCAGGAACAGUUUUGGAACCAACAGAAAAUGUCACCUUUCAUUUGCCAUCUUAUGUAUCAGUUUUACCAGCUACUUCUAAUUUGUACAUUAUUUGUAAGGAAAGAAGGAAAACCCUAAGACUUGUCUAACUUAGUGGAGAACGUGUGUUUUGGGCUUAGGAUGGAUAGCUAAGUUUUAAUGAGCUGUGUUAUCUAACUUGUAUAUACAAAUUGUAAUUAAAAGUUUGGAUUCACCUGUUUCUCACAGUUUAAAAUGACAAGUAAAACUCUGGAAACGUGACUAGUAUACGAUUUAAGGCUGUAGAAGCAAGGAAGCUCUUUUAAUUGCUAAAACUAAAGAUUUCUAGUUUUUGGCUCAAAUUCAGUAAGUACUGUUUGUAUACCAGGAUAUGUGAGAUGUAAAUGUAGUAAGUCACUUUUCACCCUUGUAGCUAUAAAAUAAAAAUUUUGUAGAACAGAAAUAGCUUGUACUACUGAAUUAACAAAAGUUAUACUAAAGUAUCAUGUUUUUGAAAAUAUAUAUAUACAGAGUUAAGCUUGUUGCUGUUACCCUGUCUGGAUUUGAAAAGUGUGCUGAUUUAUCAAUAUAUAUAUUAUACACACACAUCUAAAAUGGCCUAAAGCAGACAUCUGUGUAAUUACAGUUGCAAAAUGAAAACAUUUUGGAAAGAACAUUGUAUCAUAGUUCAUGCAUUUGCAGUGGAUCUUUGUUCCUUUUUACUGUGGUAAUUUUAGAAAUGAGUGUCAGGUUUGAAAUUAGAUUGCUAAACUGGGGUUUUGCUGCUUGAACUCUGCACUGGGUCCUCAAAUAAACCGAUGUGAAUGUAGUUUUUCCCCCUGUGUGAAGAAGCAGCCACACCCCAACAGAAUAGGAGGAAAAAUCUAGAACUAUUUCAAGUUUUAUCUUUUUGUAUAUGAAAAUAAAAUAAUAAUAAAA